AUUAAUGGGUCCGCCCACAGCACGCUAAGCGCAUCAACGGUGCAAUAAAGGACAGCUAGGGUCAAGAACACCGGCUUCUGGCUCGAGCUUGCAUCUCCUCGCCUCUAGCGCCCGGUGUUGUAUGAUGAUUGGCGCCCCCGCGUUGGCUCGGGCUGUUUUGGCUGGCCUGUCGCUCGCUUCGCUUGCCAGGUCUGCUGUUCUGGUCGACUUCCAGGUGCAAAACCCCCCUCCUGUGCCUUCCGGGGUGAAGACCUGCACCGUCCAGCUCCUUGAGCACACAUUCGGCAACUCUUACUAUGUUCCCGGUGUAACUAAUUACACCCCUCCCACCGGUUGCGGUUCGCCAGGUACAUGGACAGCCGUGACUCUGAACUUGACCGUUACAAGCAAUGGAACGCAGUAUGACCGGCUCGGCGUCUUGACCCUGCAGAAUGUCGAGAUUUGGAGAACUUCCACUCCUGAACCGACACAAGCGGGAAUUAUCUGGACGUACGUGAAGGACGUGACCAAGUACAUCCCUCUCUUUGCGGAGUCAGGAACAUUCUCGUUUGAGCUCAACAACAUCGUAACGUCCUCGCUCAACGGCCAAUAUGCCGCGACGGUCACCGCGACUUUCUACGAGUCGAGCGCGGCUCAUCCAGCAGCGGGCAAAUCGGACCUGAUCAUCCCCAUUGGCCGUGUGACCACCAGCGGCGGCGCCGAGGUCUCUGUACCGCCUUCAUAUAGCCAAAACGUCACCCUCCCGCAGAACGCGGUCGCGGUUUACGCCGAGCUUUAUGCCUCGGGCAACGGCGACGAGGAGUUUUGGUACUUCAACACGGCGAACGACGCGCUGAGCGACCUUCCGAGCGGCUACAUUGGCGAUGGGCCUUUCCGCGAAGUUCGCCUGCUUGUCGACGGCAAGCUCGCUGGUGUUGCGUACCCUUAUGCGACGAUCUUCACGGGUGGUAUCGUUCCGACCGCAUGGAGGCCCAUCACGUCAUACGGCGCGCUCGACCUGCCGACUUACUUCAUCGACCUCACUCCUUUUAUCCCGAUCAUUGCGGAUGGUAACUCACACAACUUCACCGUCGACGUCGCCUCCGCCGAGUCCGACCAUGUCAUCAACUCCAACUGGUACCUCUCCGCCAACCUGCAAGUGGUGAAAGACACAUCGUCGAAGCCGACGACGGGCAAGAUCAACGUGUACACCGCGGAGCCGUACGGGACGGCGAACAACGAUGUCGUAGUGGGUGACAACGGGGACCUCACAGUCACGGUGACGGCGAGCAGGAAGGUGUUUGUCGAGAGUACAAUCAAGAGCGGGAGCGGCAAGACCACGAUCGCGACAUGGUCGCAGAACCUGCAAUACAAGAACGUGCAGCAGUUCCUGAACGACACUUACGUCCAAAUUGUUACUCAGACUGCCUCCGGAACGUCGAUUGGUACCCACAAUGGUAUUCCAGUGGUCUCGGAUGCGUUCUCGUACCCUCUCACUCUGAACUACGACGUGUUGACCGAGGACGGUUCUGCCUGGUACUCCUCCUUCGAUCAAUCGUACGACCGGGUGUUGGAGCCUACGCCUUUCAUCCUUUCUUCUACCAUCAAAGAGCGUCAGCUUGCAGAUGGCACCUUCGUCAUCUCCUCGUCCGGCAACUACGGCAACGGCACGAACAACAACACGUUCAGUUACAUUGACGGCAAGGGCAAUACCUACUUCCGCGAGGUCGGCGCCGCGCUCAACAAUAUCACGUACGAUCACGUCUCUGGCAGCCUCGCGACGGGCGGCUGGAGUUGGUUUGAGUUCCCGUCCUUCUCGCCGAAGGCCGCGGCGACGAUGAAAUUGGCGGGAGCCAGGGUGCCGAAGGGCAAACAUUGAUUGCGCCCGAUCCCGGUAUCCGACAUUCGAACAGAGCUGUCUUUAGCUUGGUAUACCCCACUCCUGAGUGAAAUAACAUAUUGUAGCGCGACGAAGAAGUUUGCUGACAACGAGCACUGGUGCCUCGGCAGCGGGGUCUAUUUCAUUAAUCGUCGUGAACGCAGCUGCUAUAUGCAUAGUUCAGCGCGAAUGCCAAUCCUCGACGCGUUGGACAUGGCAACAGCGCCAGCUUUCAAUCCUCCCACACAUUCACGCAUUCUGAUUGGUGGGUCAUAACCGCCACGUCCCUACGAAUCGGGUUGAUGCGAGGAUACACGAAUUUUUCGUCGUACUCGUGCAUCACCUCCGCCGCGAGGAUAGCCUUGUCUUUGAUCAGCGCCUCGUAGCUGUGGGUGAGCGUGUACACCAUGAUCCCCACGCCGGCCAUGGCGCCGAAGGUGGUCAUCCAAUUGCUUGACGUAGUAGCCAUCCAGAGGAGAGCGUGUACUGGAGAGUAAACGGCGAAGAGCGUUGAUUCGAGCGGGCCUGGGUUCCACACCUCCAACUGCUGUACCCGUCUGCUCCGCGUGCUAUCCGCCGAGGACGACGGGUUCGACGGGUUCAAGUUGAGCAAGAACCUCCAGAAGGCAACGAACAUGCGCCACGAAGCCCUUGCCACUCGCGACAUCAUAGACGGCUGGUUGGCCGGGUCGAAAUCGAGAUCGGCAGGCACAAAAGAUGCAUGCGGCGACGAUACAACGUCAGGCUGACGAUGCAUUUGGUAUAAUCGGACGCGAGUGAAGAGAUACAUCGUGUUCAACGUUGAAGAUAAGAGUAGUAACAGAGUUAGGGGUACGCUCCAGUCAAACCAGGACUGUCCGCGUUGUUCUCGGUACAUGUCUUCCCAUGUUAACUCAGCCUCUGAAACGGCGCUCCCUUGUCUGAUGCGCACGUACAGAUGCAUGAGAUGCAUGGUGCCCCCGAUGAGGAAUGCAGAGGUUUGCGGCGUAGGGAGCGGAACCUGGUUAGGAAAUAUGGAUACUUGGAAGGCGAUUUCGGAAGGAAUAGAUGAUAUUCUUUCUGCCAGGGUCUUUUUCCUCACUACCCGUUUUCGUGGCGUGCCCUCGCCACCGACGCCGAUACUCUUCCUAAACUUGCUUUUCUGCAGGGGGCUACCAUACGGCGGGGGCUUGUGCGACCGCGCGGCAUCCCAGUCAAAGGGCACCGAGGACGAGAUCGACGGCGUUGUUGACGGCGAGUCGAAGUACGACACGCGCGGCUUGCGGGGCGGGGUGUGUGGCGCCACGCCGUUCGGAGACUGCUGGACCUUGAGCACCGAGGGCGAUGCCGGGGAACGUGGCGAGGUAGGUGAGCUCGUGAGGGAUGCCGCGUUAUUCUGCGCAAAACGUCGGAGGGCCAUGCUGGACACGACCUCAGACCUGUGCUUGGACCUGAC